GGGGCUUGAGGGGGUGGGCGGGGCGGCCCCGCCCCUCCCUGCCUCCCGCCCUGCCCGAGGCGGUGCGCGCGCGGCGGCGGCGGCGGGCGGUUGGCGGGGCCGGCGGCUGAGAUUUGUUCCUGACCUUCCAUAAAAAUGUCUAAGCAACAGCCUGCUCAGUUUACCAAUCCGGAAACCCCUGGCUACGUUGGGUUUGCAAACCUUCCCAAUCAGGUUCAUCGGAAGUCUGUGAAGAAGGGGUUCGAAUUUACUCUUAUGGUGGUUGGUGAAUCUGGAUUGGGAAAAUCUACAUUAAUAAACAGCCUCUUCUUGACAGAUCUCUACCCAGAAAGGAUAAUCCCAGGAGCUGCUGAGAAGAUUGAACGCACUGUGCAGAUUGAAGCCUCAACAGUUGAAAUAGAAGAGAGGGGUGUGAAGCUGCGUCUGACGGUCGUAGAUACACCAGGAUAUGGAGAUGCUAUCAAUUGCCGAGAUUGUUUUAAGACCAUAAUCUCCUACAUUGACGAGCAGUUUGAGCGAUACCUGCAUGAUGAGAGUGGUUUGAACAGAAGGCAUAUCAUAGAUAACCGCGUUCAUUGCUGCUUCUAUUUCAUUUCACCGUUUGGUCAUGGCCUAAAGCCUCUGGAUGUUGAAUUUAUGAAGGCCAUACACAACAAAGUAAAUAUUGUACCAGUGAUCGCAAAAGCUGAUACACUUUCUCUGAAAGAGCGAGAAAGACUAAAGAAAAGGAUUCUGGAUGAAAUCGAAGAGCAUGGCAUCAAGAUUUAUCACCUGCCUGAUGCUGAAUCAGAUGAGGAUGAAGAUUUUAAAGAGCAGACAAGACUGCUGAAGGCCAGCAUUCCAUUUUGUGUAGUGGGAUCCAAUCAACUCAUUGAAGCCAAAGGUAAAAAAGUUAGAGGUCGACUUUAUCCAUGGGGCGUUGUUGAAGUGGAGAAUCCCGAACAUAAUGACUUUCUGAAGCUGAGGACCAUGCUAAUCACCCAUAUGCAAGAUCUUCAAGAGGUGACCCAGGAUCUUCACUAUGAGAACUUCCGCUCUGAGAGGCUCAAACGAGGCGGCAGGAAAAUAGAAGAUGAAGAAGUAAAUAAAGACCAGAUUCUGCUUGAAAAAGAAGCUGAGCUUCGUCGCAUGCAGGAGAUGAUCGCGAGAAUGCAGGCACAAAUGCAGAUGCAAAUGCAAAGUGGAGAAGGAGAUAGCAGUGGACAUCAUGUAUAAAGUCUUUGAUUACUUUAUACCUUGACUUAAAGGAGACACUCUGGAUUUGAAUUACGGUGGUGUUACACCAGAAAGGAUGCCUUUUGCCCAAUUUGUGGCUUGGAGAUUAUUUUAGAAUUUAACAUGGAAGCGCGUUGUGGUAACUCUUGUGAUACGUAUUUCAUAACAUGUAGUCAGUCAGUAUUUUAUAUAUUAUACACACUUGACUUUUUGUUUUGUAAUUCUUAUAUUGAGCUUAUUUUCAGUUUCCCGUUGUAUUAGGGAUACAAAAUAGACAUUGAAACUUCUAGCCUGACACGGCGUUAGGUGAUUUGCUUUAAUACAGCUUAUUAGUUCCCUGCUUUAAACUUUGUAUUAUGUUUAGAAAUAAACAGCUAUUAGUGAUAUCAAUAGUGUGUAAUAGUCACUAAUUAGGGAAGCCUGCAAGGUUAGUUUUAUAUUUUUGCAGUGUUUACAGGUGUGUAUCUGUGAGACCCUAGCCCUUCUUCUGACUCUGCAGAGUGCAGGCGAUCUCCUUUGGCCUCUGAAAGUAUCUAGUUAGAAUUCAGGCAUGCCUUGUGUCUUAAUAAAAGAAAUAAGAGGAAAUACCACUUU